AGGAGGGGGGGCCUGGUGGAACACCGUGACAUCAUCAUGGCCCACCAGAGCCACAAGAAGCAGAGCACGCCACAGGCCAGACGCAAGGAGUGGGAAAUGGCGCGCUUCGGAGACGAGGUGCCGAAUAAGUACGGCGGCGGACCCGGCCAAGGGGGACCCGGCCGUGGUGGCAGCAGACAAGGAGGGCCGCCGGGGACUCAGAGGGUGUACAAGCAGUCUAUGGCCCAGCGAGCCCGAACCAUGGCCCUGUACAACCCCAUACCCGUCCGACAGAGCUGCCUGACGGUCAACCGCUCGCUCUUCCUCUUCAGCGAGGACAACUUUAUCAGAAAGUAUGCCAAGAAGAUCACGGAAUGGCCUCCAUUCGAAUGGAUGAUCCUGACCACCAUCAUAGCCAACUGCAUCGUGUUAGCACUGGAACAACAUCUCCCUGAUGGAGACAAGACGCCUCUAUCCGAACGCCUAGAUGACACGGAGCCCUACUUCAUUGCCAUUUUCUGUUUCGAAUCGGGAAUCAAGAUCCUGGCUUUGGGGUUCGCUUUCCAUAAGGGUUCCUAUCUACGGAACGGAUGGAACGUCAUGGACUUUGUUGUGGUGCUCACGGGAAUCUUGUCCACGGUGGGCUCGGAAUUCGACCUGCGGACACUCAGAGCAGUCAGAGUGCUCAGACCACUUAAACUGGUGUCUGGGAUUCCCAGUCUACAGGUGGUGCUCAAGUCUAUCAUGAAGGCCAUGAUCCCACUGCUGCAGAUUGGCCUGCUGCUCUUUGUGGCCAUCCUUAUGUUUGCCAUUAUAGGCCUGGAGUUCUACAUGGGCAAGUUUCAUAAAACCUGCUUCAAUAACUUUACAAACGAGAUGGAGGACGAGCAGCCGUGUGGGGAAGCGGAGCCGGCGCGCCUGUGCCCUGAGGGCACCCGCUGCGACGGCUACUGGCUGGGCCCCAACUACGGCAUCACGCAGUUCGACAACAUCCUCUUCGCAGUGCUCACCGUCUUCCAAUGUAUCACCAUGGAGGGCUGGACCGACAUGCUGUACUAUAGCAACGACGCCCAGGGCAGUGCCUACAACUGGAUGUACUUCGUCCCGCUCAUCAUCAUCGGCUCCUUCUUCAUGCUCAACCUGGUGUUGGGCGUCCUCUCCGGGGAGUUUGCCAAAGAGAGGGAACGUGUGGAGAACAGGCGGGAGUUUCUGAAGCUGCGGCGACAGCAACAGAUUGAGAGGGAGCUCAACGGAUACCUGGAGUGGAUAUGCAAAGCAGAAGAGGUCAUUUUAAACGAAGACGGGACUAAGAAACCCAUGAGUAAAUAUGACGCCAAGAGGCGUCCAACCAUCAAGAAAACUGAGCUGUUGAAGUCAGAAGAGGGAGAGAUGGGUGAUGCUGUCGGUUUCAACAAGGGCGACCCCGGCGACUACAACCAGACGGAGCGGCGGAUACGCUUCUUCAUCCGCAAGAUCGUCAAGACGCAGGCCUUCUACUGGACCGUCCUCAGCCUGGUGGGCCUCAACACGCUGUGCGUGGCCGUGGUGCAUUACGACCAGCCGGAGCUCCUCUCCGACUUCCUCUUUUAUGCGGAGUUUAUCUUCCUGGCCCUCUUUAUGUCAGAGAUGCUGAUCAAGAUGUACGGCCUGGGCACGCAGCCGUACUUCCACUCCUCCUUCAACUGUUUCGAUUGUGCGGUUAUCAUUGGCAGCAUCUUCGAGGUCAUCUGGGCCAUGAUUAAGCCUGGCACCUCUUUUGGCAUCAGUGUGUUACGAGCUCUCAGACUCCUGCGAAUCUUUAAAGUGACCAAGUACUGGGCCCCUCUGCGUAACCUGGUGGUUUCCUUACUCAACUCCAUGAAGUCCAUCAUCAGCUUGCUGUUCCUGCUCUUUCUCUUCAUCGUGGUCUUUGCUCUUCUGGGCAUGCAGCUCUUCGGAGGACAGUUUAACUUUGACGAGGGUACUCCUUCGACCAACUUUGACACAUUUCCAGCAGCUAUCAUGACUGUUUUUCAGAUCCUGACGGGUGAGGACUGGAACAUGGUGAUGUACGACGGCAUCAAGUCGCAGGGUGGCGUCAACUCAGGCAUGAUCUUCUCCAUCUUCUUCAUAGUGCUCACCCUCUUUGGCAACUACACACUACUAAAUGUAUUCUUGGCCAUCGCCGUGGAUAACUUGGCCAAUGCUCAGGAGCUAACUAAGGACGAGCAGGAGGAGGAGGAGGCUGCCACCCAGAAGAUCGCCCUGCAGAAGGCCAAAGAGGUAGCGGAAGUCAGCCCCCUCUCGGCCGCCAACCUCUCCAUCGCUGCAGUUACAGUAAAAACUGAACGUAUCGAUGCCUCAGAGAGUAUGCUACUCCGUAAGGAACAGCAGAAGAAUUCUAAGCAACCCAAGUCGGUGUGGGAGCAGCGCACAGCCGAGAUCCGUCGACAGAACCUGAUGACCAGCAGAGAGGCGCUGUACAAUGAGCUGGAUGGAGACGAGAACUGGAAGGUGAACUACAGCAAGAAGGAGGUGAAGACCCACUUGGACCGGCCGCUGGUGGUCAACCCUCAGGAGAACCGCAACAACAACACCAACAAGCCCCGACCGGGAGAGCCCCCCGACCAGGCCCUCGACUACAGCCAGCCCUACCUGCGGCCCCCGCUGCGCUACCCUGGAGGAGGUGGCGGAAGAGCUGCACCAGGUGCCGGUGGACCUGCCGCAGGUGGGCCAAACCUGGGCCAGAGUCUUCAGUCGCUCAGAGAGUGCAGCCUGUCCUCCACCUGCCGGCCCAUCUCCAGGCAGGGCAGCCAGUACAGUGAGGACCUGGACAACCUACGCAACAGCAGCCGCCUCUUCCUGGACCAGGACCUCUUGGACGACCCAGAGGCCUCUGGAUUAGGAGGAGUAGGGGGGGACAGCACCAGUGCCAUUGACCCCUUCUUCAGUCAGCCCGAGCAGGCCAACAACCUGCUCAACAUGCGGGGGCCCAGCAUGGAGCUCCGGGAGCUGGGGGGAGAUUGUGGUGGCGGCGGCGGCGGCGGUCUUGGUGGUCUUGGUGGUGGUUUGGGGGGCAGUAGCCUCAUCCUGACGGACCCCACCAAGACCCCCGGGCAGCUGGAGCACACAGCCAUCCACAUGCCCCCUCUGUACCCCAACGCCAUCCUCCAGGUGAACAAGAACGCCAACACGGAGGGCAACAAGAAGGAUGAGGAGAAGAAAGAGGAGGAGGGUGACGAGGAGGAGGACGGGGACGGCCCCAAGCCCAUGCCCCCAUUCAGUUCAUGCUUCAUCAUGUCCACCACCAACCCGUUCCGCAAGUGCUGCCACUACAUCCUGACGCUGCGCUACUUUGAGAUGUGCAUCCUGUCCGUCAUCGCCAUGAGCAGCAUUGCGCUGGCCGCCGAGGACCCCGUCUGGCCCGAGUCACCCCGCAACAACGUCCUGCGCUACUUUGACUACGUCUUCACCUGUGUGUUCACGUUUGAGAUGCUUAUAAAGAUGGUGGUGCUGGGGCUCUUCCUGCACCAGGGCUCCUACUUCCGCGACCUGUGGAACAUCCUGGACUUUGUAGUGGUUAGUGGUGCCCUGGUGGCCUUCGCCUUCACAGGGAGCAGCAAAGGGAAAGACAUCAGCACAAUCAAGUCACUCAGAGUGCUGAGGGUGUUGCGACCUCUCAAGACCAUCAAAAGACUGCCCAAGCUAAAGGCCGUGUUUGACUGCGUGGUGAACUCCCUGAAGAACGUGCUGAACAUCCUGAUUGUCUACAUGCUGUUCAUGUUCAUCUUCGCUGUGGUGGCCGUGCAGCUCUUCAAAGGCCGCUUCUUCUACUGCACGGACGAGUCCAAGGAGUUUGAGAGCGACUGCCGGGGAGAGUACCUGGUGUACAAUGGCAAUGAUGAGGUGAAGGCGCAGAAGCGGGAAUGGAAGAAGUACGAUUUUCACUACGACAACGUGCUUUGGGCCCUGCUAACUCUCUUUACUGUGUCCACUGGAGAGGGGUGGCCGACGGUGUUAAAAAACUCGGUGGACUCCACUUACGAGAACCAGGGCCCGAGCCCGGGGUACCGGAUGGAAAUGUCCAUCUUUUACGUGGUGUACUUCGUUGUCUUCCCCUUCUUCUUCGUCAACAUCUUCGUGGCUCUGAUCAUCAUCACCUUCCAAGAGCAAGGAGACAAGAUGAUGGAGGAUUACAGUCUGGAAAAGAACGAGAGAGCCUGCAUAGACUUUGCUAUCAAUGCAAAGCCCCUGACCCGCCACAUGCCUCAGAACAAGCAGAGCUUCCAGUACCGCAUGUGGCAGUUUGUCGUCUCCCCGCCGUUCGAGUACAGCAUCAUGUCCCUGAUCGCACUCAACACCGUAGUACUCAUGAUGAAGUAUAACGACGCUCCCGAAGCCUACGACAAGGUCCUGAAGAACCUGAACAUAGUCUUCACCACACUCUUCUUCAUGGAGUGUGUGCUCAAGAUCAUCGCCUUCGGCGUCCUGAAUUAUUUCAUGGACGCUUGGAACGUUUUUGAUUUUGUUUCUGUACUCGGGAGCAUCACGGACAUCGUCGUGACAGAGUUUGUGAAUAACUUCAUAAACUUGAGCUUCCUGAGGCUCUUCCGAGCCGCUCGACUCAUCAAACUGCUCAGGCAACAGGAGACCAUUCGCAUCCUUCUGUGGACCUUUGUGCAGUCAUUCAAGGCGCUGCCGUAUGUGUGUUUGCUCAUCGCCAUGCUGUUCUUCAUCUAUGCCAUAAUCGGGAUGCAGUUGUUUGGUAAUGUGGCUUUGGACGAGGAGGGAGAGAGUGCUAUCAACGAGCACAACAACUUCAGGACCUUCAUCAUGGCCCUCAUGCUGCUGUUCAGGAGUGCCACGGGUGAGGCGUGGCACGAGAUCAUGCUGGCCUGUCUGGGGGGCAUGCCCUGUGACCCCGCCUCAGGGAACAGCCAGCCCGAGUGCGGCAGCAACAUAUCCUACGCCUACUUCGUCUCCUUCAUCUUCUUCUGUUCCUUUCUGAUGCUGAACCUGUUUGUGGCUGUUAUCAUGGACAACUUUGAGUACCUGACGCGAGACUCGUCCAUCCUGGGUCCACACCACUUGGACGAGUAUGUUAGAAUAUGGGCAGAGUACGACCCUGCAGCUUGCGGCAGGAUCAGUUACAGUGAUAUGUAUCAGAUGCUAAGGCACAUGUGCCCGCCCCUUGGCCUGGGGAAGAGGUGCCCUGCGCGGGUGGCAUACAAGAGGCUGCUGCGCAUGGACCUACCAGUCGCUGACGACAACUCGGUGCAUUUCAACUCCACUCUGAUGGCCCUUAUUCGCACCGCUCUUGACAUCAAAAUUGCCAAGGGGGGUGCAGACAAGCACCAGAUGGAUGCGGAGCUACGUAAGGAGAUGAUGGCCAUAUGGCCGAACCUCUCCCAGAAGCACCUGGACCUGCUGGUCACGCCACACAAGUCAGCGACAGACCUGACGGUGGGGAAAAUCUACGCCGCCAUGAUGAUCAUGGAGUACUACCGACAGAGCAAGGCAAAGCAGCAGCAGGCUCUACGAGAGGAGCAGAACCGAACGCCAUUACUGUUUGAGCGCAUGGCAGCGUCCCCGAGCCAGGAAGGGGUACAGCCAGGCAUCAACGGUGUACCCCAGCCUCCUCCUACGGACCCAGUCAACAGCCUGCCCCCAGAUGGCGGUAUGACUGAGAGCCAGUCCUGGGUGACGGCCAAGGCCCAGGAGAUGUUCCAGAAGACGGGCAACUGGAGCCCAGAUCAGCCUUACCCCGACGACAACGGUCACAACCCACAGACGGUAGAGAUGAGGGACAUGGGGAGGGACGGUUACUCGGACACUGAGUCCUAUCACCCAAUGGAAGGUCAUGGGCGGACCAUCUCCAUGCCCCGCCUCUCAGCAGACAACCAACGACGGAGAACCAGGCCGCGCGGAAAUAACCUCAGUACCAUCGCCGACACCAGUCCUCUGCAGCGUUCCACCUCCUCGCUGGUGCACGGGCGCUCUGGGCGCGGCGUGCGUCUGGACGACUACUCGCUGGAGCGCAUGGUGGUGUCGGAGGAGGGCGCCGACCGGCACAACAGGCACGGCCAUCGCCGGCGGGACCGCGACCACAGCCACCGCGCCUCCGAGCGCUCGCUCACGCGCUACACCGACGCCGACACGGGUCUGGGCACGGACCUGAGUACCACCACUCAAUCGGGCGACCUGCCGCCCAAGGAGCGUGGCCGUGCCAAGGACCGACGGCAUCACCAUCACCACCACCACCACCACUCCUCCUCCAUGGACAAGGAGCACUACGGCGGGUCGGGCGGCGAGCGCGACUACCCACACCACCACCACCACCACCAUCACCAGGACCGGCGCGACAGGCACUGGUCACGCUCGCCCAGCGAGGGCCGUGACGGCCGCACCCACCGACAGGGCAGUAGUUCGGUGAGCGGAAGCCCCGUGCCGUCGACGUCGGGCACCAGCACGCCCCGGCGCGGCCGCCGCCAGCUGCCCCAGACCCCCUCCACGCCGCGGCCGCACGUGGCCUACUCGCCCGUGGUGCGCAAGCCCCCCUACGGCUCCCCGGGCUCGGGAGGACCGGGGGGACCCCCUCCUCCCCGCCUGCGCUCCCCGUCCCCGCGGCACUACUCCCCGCCUCCGGGCCACCCGGACGCGCCCCCCUACCACCGGCCGGCGUCGUCCUCCCGCAACGCCUCGCCCCAGCACCACCAUCACCACCAUCACCACCAAGGCUCGCCGAGGUCCUCCCCGCGACACCACCACCACCACCAGAGCGGAGGAGGAGGACGGUGGGCCCCGGGGCCUCCCCCCUUGCCCCCCCACGAGGACAGCCUGGAGGGGGACGCGCCCUUCUACGAGACCGACUACGAGUACGAGAGACACCACGAGCCGCCGGCCUACGAGCAGAGCUUGGGGGGCAACCCGCAUCACCACCCGCCGCCGCAUCACCACCCUCCGCCCCCUCCGCAGGGCUCGCGCUCCCCCAGGACUGCGCGUCACCAUGGGGGGCCGCUGCCGCCACCGCCGCCCGGGGUGGGACCUCCGCCCCCCGGGCACCCGCGACGAGUGCCCAACGGAUACCGGUCGUCUUCGCCCUCGCCGCACCGGAGGGGCCCGCCGCCGCCACCACAUCCGGGCGGGCCCCCGCGGCCGCACCCACACCCUCGCGGGCCCCGCAAGGGCCUCCAUGAACCCUACAGCGAGACAGACGAGGACGACUGGUGCUAGUGUUGCUUUUUUCCUCCCCUUGUGAAGGAGGAGGACAAGAGGAGGAGAAAGGGGGAGGGAGCGAUUGCAAAAGUUAAGGGGGUUGGUUUGUUGGUUAGUUGGUGGGUCGGGGAGGUUGUGCAAUGAUUCAUGCAACCACUUCCCCCCUUCCCACUACCUGCUUAUUGCUACUAACAGAACAUGUUCAAGGCCAAGCCUGGAAGAGUUAGAGCAACAACAAAAAAAAGCUUGCCUCUUUGAACGAACGCACGCACGCACACACACACAUCACAAUGGAACUGUAUGCAUAGUGUGUGUGUGUGUGUGGAUGGGUGUGUGCCUGUAUGAGUGGUUGUAUGUUUGUGUGUGUGCAUGCAUGUUAUGUCUGUUUGUGUGUGUGUCAUCAUGUGUGUGAGACUAGAGCCGCACACAUACACAUACACAAACAAACGAAAAUAAACGGGACAGGUGA